CACCAUUCAGUUACUUGAAAGUUGAAAGUUUUUGACACAUGCAUUGACGAGAGAAAGAAAGAAACAGGGUCCGGGAGGCUUACCUGAACAUCCAGCCUAUAUUUCCCCCGAAUGAUUCUCUCGGUGGGAUUAGAGGAUUAUCUCAUCCCCCAUUGAUCUUGUAAGACUUGCUUUGUACAUACUGCAUAACUGCCUGAUCUCCUGUUCUGCAACUCUGACAAGGAAAAUAAGCAGAAAAAAUUCAAAUUUUAAUGGAUUUGGGCUUCUGAUAAGAAAGGAAAUGAGUUGAAUUCCAAGGGGUGGGGAUUCUGGGGAUUUAAAAAAUGGGGAUCUCUCAAAAAGAUGGCACAAUGGAAGGGUGGUUAUACCUCAUUCGUUCCAAUCGGAUUGGAUUGCAGUACUCGCGAAAGCGCUAUUUCAUUCUCCAGGAUCACUGCCUCACAAGCUUCAAAUCAACGCCAAUAUCGAGAAAAGAGGAUCCUGUAAGAAGUGCAAUAAUAGAUUCCUGCAUCCGAGUCACUGACAAUGGAAGGGAGAGCAUUCACAGAAAAGUAUUCUUUAUUUUCACACUUUACAAUACUUCUAAUCACAAUGAUCAGCUUAAGUUGGGAGCAAGUAGUCCAGAAGAAGCAGCAAGAUGGAUUAGUUCCUUUCAGGAAGCAGCUUUAAAGGAGCGCCCAGACCAAGGAGAAAAUGUCGUAGCUUUUCCAAAGAGCAAAUGGCAGUCAUUUAGGUUAACUCGUUCCAAGAGGACGGGACACAUGAGUUCCAUAGACUGGACUCUUUGUUCAUCCAUGCAAAUGGAUCGAAUGACUUCUGAUGUUGACGCACCUUCUCCUUGGACAAUUUUCGGCUGUCAAAAUGGAUUAAGGCUAUUUAAAGAGGCAAAAGAUUGCGAUUUUCAUCGGAAGUAUCGGGAUGAUCAUCCAGCAAUAAUGGCAGUGGGUGUGGUUGAUGGAACAUCGGAGGCCAUUUUCAGGACACUUAUGUCUCUUGGUCCCUCAAGAUCGGAAUGGGACUUCUGUAUUUACCGGGGUAGUGUGGUUGAGCACCUUGAUGGUCAUACUGAUAUUAUUCACAAACAGUUGAAUGACAAUUGGUUACCUUGGGGAAUGAGAAAGAGAGAUUUACUGUUGAAGCGUUAUUGGAGAAGGGAGGAUGAUGGAACAUAUGUAAUUCUCUACCAUUCAGUGUUUCAGAAAAAAUGUCAACCUCAGAAAGGCUAUGUACGGGCCUGCCUUAAAAGUGGAGGAUACGUAAUUUCUCCAGUGAACCAAGGGAAACAAUCUGUUGUAAAGCACAUGCUUGCCAUUGACUGGAGGUUCUGGAAGUGUUAUAUACGUACAUCAUCUGCGAGGUCAAUAACCAUCCGAAUGCUUGGGAGAAUUGCAGCACUGAGGGAAUUCUUCAAAGCCAAAGUAGGAAAUUACCCCUCCUUUGAGUUCUCAUCAGGAGAGUUGACACAAUGUAUAGGAUUGCCUCAGAAUGAAAUAGAGGAUCUCAAGGUUGAAGUCCAGACACCAUCAGAGAAUAUUAUGACCAAGGAAGUUGAUUUGAUGAAAGAAGAGGUGGAAAAACAAUCUUCAAAAUCUGCUAGUCUUCUGGUACUUAAUGAUGUGGCUGAUGAGUUCUUUGAUGUUCCUGAACCAUCAGACUUUGAUCCAUCAGAGAAUGGAUGGUCUUCUAAUAUGAGUCCAGAAAUACAUCCUCAGGACUUACGCCAUCCUAAAUUAUCAACAGCCACAGGUUUUGUGAAAAAAUUGCAUGAUCUAGCAGUUCAGAAGAGGGGUUAUAUGGACUUACAAGAGAUGGCAAGGGAAGACAGCAUAUCAUGCUGUUAUGGAGCCACUCUUCCAAAAGAUUCAUGUUGUAACUUGGCUUGUAGUUGGACGACAGCUGAUCCUUCAACAUUUCUAAUACGUGGAGAUAAUUAUUUAAUAGAUCAUCAGAAGAUGAAGGCAAAGGGAACCUUGAUGCAAAUGGUUGGUGCAGAUUGGCUUAAAUCUGAUAAGAGGGAAGAUGAUCUUGGUGGCCGUCCUGGGGGCAUUGUUCAGCAAUCUGCAACAAAGGGUGGUCCAGAAUUCUUCUUCAUUGUCAACAUACAGGUGCCUGGUUCUACUAAAUAUAGUCUUGUGCUGUAUUACAUGAUGAGUACUCCUUUGGAGGACACUCCCUUGCUAGAGAGCUUUGUCAAUGGAGAUGACACUUACAGAAAUUCAAGGUUUAAGAUCAUACCUUACAUUUCUAAGGGGUCAUGGAUAGUAAAGCAAAGUGUUGGGAAGAAAGCAUGCCUGGUGGGUCAAGCACUUAAGAUCAACUAUUUUCAUGGGAAAAACUACUUGGAGCUUGGAAUUGAUAUUGGGUCAUCAAGUGUUGCAAGAGGUGUGGUCAGUCUUGUUCUUGGGUACCUGAACAAUCUGGUUAUAGAAAUGGCAUUUUUGAUACAGGCUAACACGCAAGAGGAGUUACCAGAGUUCCUUCUAGGAACAUGUCGUCUUAAUCAUCUGGAUGCAUCCAAAUCAGUUCUGGUGAAUCCAUGAUUAUCACCAUAUUGUUCCAUUUUACUCUGAAAAUCAAUUAUCAUGCACAAACAUGAAUGUAUUCUUUCAUUUGAUCAAAUUAAAUUGGCAGUGAUUAUGGCAUCAUUUGUAUUCUUGGGGAGUGAGUCCAAUAUUUGUAAAGACAAUCAUUCCUAAAGAGUUCAUCAUUCAUUUUUAUUA